CCUUCGCGGGCGUGUCUUCCCCAGGGAGCGCCGCCAACAGUUCGGCCCGGUCCCUCACCCCCAGCUCGUGUGUGGGCGGACGCGAAGCCUCUCGCCGGGGACUGGCCCUCAGCAAGGCCGCGGGGCAGCGUCUGGGAAGGUCAGGAGCUGGACGCGGCGUCGCCGGGAGCAGGAGAGGAGCGGGCCCAGGAAAGCGGCGGCCAGAUAUGGCAGCCGGGCUGGCCACAGAGCGCGGAGCGAAAACCGAGGACCGGCGGAUAACACGAGAGAGAUAGCGAGAGCAGGAACACAAGCAGGGGGAGUGGGAGACGGAGAAGCAGGGAGCCCGACGCGGGGCUCGAUCCCAGGACCCCGGGAUCAUGACCUGAGCCGAAGGCAGACGCUUAGGGACUGAGCCACCCAGGCACCCUACUUCCGGGAUUUAAAACCGGUUUCCGGAAGCCAGGACGGCGUCCCCAUGACAACCGACGUUGGGGCUUUGAGGCCCUUGUCUUAGAGCAAGGAAAACAGCUCUGAUUUGAGGAACUAGUGCUUCUUCCUCAGUGCUGGGGAGAAAGCCAGGAGCUGUCUUCUGGGGAACUGUGGAGUGUGCCCCUGGGGACCCAAUAAAGCAGAAGGAAGAUGCUCCAGACCAGUAACUAUAGCCUGGUGCUCUCCCUGCAGUUCCUGCUGCUGUCCUAUGACCUCUUUGUCAAUUCCUUCUCGGAGCUACUCCGGAUGGCUCCUGUCAUCCAGCUGGUGCUCUUCAUCAUCCAGGAUAUCGCAAUCCUCUUCAACAUCAUCAUCAUUUUCCUUAUGUUCUUCAACACCUUCGUCUUCCAGGCUGGCUUGGUCAACCUCCUCUUCCACAAGUUCAAAGGGACCAUCAUCCUCACAGCUGUGUACUUCGCCCUCAGCAUCUCCCUUCAUGUCUGGGUCAUGAACUUACGCUGGAAAAACUCCAACCGCUUUGUCUGGACAGAUGGACUUCAAACGCUGUUUGUAUUCCAGAGACUAGCGGCGGUGUUUUACUGCUACUUCUACAAGCGGACAGCUGUGAGACUGGGCGAUCCUCGCUUCUACCAGGACUCGUUAUGGCUGCGCAGCGAGUUCACCCAAGUCCAAAGGUGACCGCUUCUUGUCACACUGAUGGAUGGAUGCCUUUCCUUCCUGACAGAGGCUAUGUUUGUGGCUCUGUGGGGUGGGCGUUGGCCCUAUGCACAGGAAGCACCUUGACUUUACUAGGACAGUCUCCGGCCACUUGUGUUCAGCCAUCAAGAAGGAAGAUCUUCCGUCUUGCAAAUCAAAGUGUUUCCCAAUACAGGCUUCAGUACAUAACCCUCCCCGGCCUCACCUCGGUUCUGCCCCUUUUCCUUUCCUGCUCUCUGCCCCUCUUUUCACACAGUGCUGUGAGGCUUGAUCCUUGGGAGGCUGUCACUUAGCCUGGUACAGGAGGGGCUCCUGGCACCUGCUUUCUUUGCAGCAAACAUAAUUAAUGGAUGCAAAGAGUGACAUUUCUGAGCUCCUGACUGAUCACACUGUAGACAUUUAGAUUUUAUACCUAAGGUGGCUUUUUUUACAUUUUAUAAAUAGGAAAUAAAUUGAAUUCUUUUUCCGUACAUGGUAGAGUCUGUUUGUGUAGCUAGAUCUCUUCCCAGAUAAGAAGAAUGUCAAGUCCUGGCCUUAGCAUUUACUUGACCCAGUGGGCAGCUUGAACCACAGAACAAAUAAAGAUAUUUAUUGAGUGCCGUUAUGAGUAUAAGCUAUUUUUGUAGAAAUUCAAGGUGCGAUCUGAUUCCCCACCCCAACCCUUGGAGUUCCAGACUUCUGUGCUUUUUUUUUUUUUCGGGUUUUAUUUAUUUAUUUAUUUUAGCUGAGAGAGA